UGCUACUUCACUUGCUCCAAAGUGGGAGUGAGGAGAGCACACUGCCGCUUGGAACUAACACUACCUUUCUCUCUCUCUCUCUCUCUAAGAGUUUUCCAGCUCCAGUCUGCGACUCCAGUUUUUCUCUGUUCAAACUGUGAGCUGGAGUUUUGUCUAUGCACAUGACAAAAUGGGACACUUGGAGCUGCAGACAGAGAGGCUUUCAGUGCUUUAAGUCAGGAACUCCAAGCAGCUGCUGCGCCUGUCUCAGUGGAUGAAAAUGGAGCACUCCACACUGUUGGUCCUCCAGACACUCCUGGUGCUCCUGCCCCCUGUGGUUUCGGUACCCUGCCCCCGACACUGCUCCUGCCCUCAGCCCAGCGAGCUCCACUGCACGUUCCGCUCACUCCUGACCAUCCCAGCUGCUGUACCCCGGCAUGUGAAGCGCAUAAACUUGGGGUUCAACAGCAUUGAAAAGAUAGGAGACAAGUCGCUGUCUGGCCUGAGGAAGCUGGAGCUGCUCAUGGUCCACGGGAACAACAUUCACUCUCUGCCCGAUGGAGCUUUCAGGGACCUGGCGUCACUUCAGAUGCUGAAGAUCAGCUACAACAAGCUUAAGGAAAUCAGCAGGCACUCGCUCCAGGGGCUGUGGUCCUUGUCCAGGUUGCAUCUGGAUCACAACCAGAUAGAGCUCAUCCAUCCAGACGCCUUCCAGGGACUCACCGCCUUACGCUUUCUGCAGCUGGAGGGAAACCAGCUUCAACAACUGCAUCCUGCCACCUUCAGCACCUUCACUCUGAUGGGGCAGUUCCACAUCUCUACCCUGCGACACCUCUACCUAUCGGACAAUGGACUCACAUCACUACCCUCCCAGCUGGUGCAGACCAUGCCACAGCUUGAGAACCUGUACCUCCAUGAGAACCCCUGGACCUGUGACUGCAGCAUGAGCUGGUUCCAUGACUGGGAAAAAGCUUCCCCAGGUGUUCUGAAAUGUAAAAAGGACCGAGCCCUUCCAGGUGGCCAGCUGUGUCCAAUGUGCUCAUCUCCCAGACAUGUGAAGAACAGUGACCUUCAUGCUGCUCAUCCUCUGGCUUGCUCCAGCCCUGUCAUCAGCUUCCUUCACAGAACUACAUCGCAAGAAGAUUCCGAGAGUGCGACAAUGACCUCUGAGGACUUUAAGGACCCAAUUGGUAACAUAUCUCUAGGCCUCUCCAACGGGCAUGGGAAUGAGUUAGAUCUUGAAUGCAGUGUUGACAAGCUUAAAGAACUUUCCAAUAUCAGCUGGGAGCAGGAUGACCAGCUUCAGCUGGCUGCAAACAUCACAUUCUCAGUGGACAUUCGGUGUGCUGUGGACCGAGAAAAAUACGAGCAGCUGUGGAGGCUGAUUGCGUACUACAGCAAUUCUCCAGCCCACUUAAAACGGGAAGUCACUCUGAGCAAAGAUCCUUACCCAGCAUAUGUUUAUCAACAGGACUCUGUGCAAGAUGCCCAGUACUACACAGGUCUUCAAGUCAAAAUGUUGGCCCAGCCCGCAUGGCUGAUGCAGACAUCUGUAGAACUACAACUGAACCGACCUCGGUCGUCUACCAGAAUGGUACAAUUAACUCUGAAGACGAACCUCUCAGAGACAGUGGACACUGAGCUGCAGCAAAGACUCAGGAGGACCUGGGUCAUGAUAGAGUCAGGAAACAGGACGCGUAAAGUUCUGAGUGCCAUCGUUGGAAGUCCAAGUGAAAUGCUGUGUAACGUGCACAGUUCUGACCGGCCAGUAGUCCAAUGGGUGCUGCCUGACAACUCCAAACUGAAUAACUCAUAUAGCAGUCCUGAAAAGAGAGUUUCUUUUUCCAGAGAUGGAAGAUUGAAAAUUAAAGCCGUCACUCACAGAGACACAGGAGUUUACUACUGCAUUGCCAAAGUUUAUGGAGACCAUGCUGUGCUCUCUUUCUACCUAACUGUCCAGGAAUCCUCCAGUCCUUCCCCGGGGGAGGACACAACAAUUACAUCAAUGGAGGAAUUUGCAGGAAACCCAAUUUCUCUGGAUUGUACAGCUUCUGGCUCCCCUGAUGCUGAAAUAAACUGGAUUCUACCAAGCAGCAGAAUAGUUAAUUUCCAAGCAAAUUCCUCCCAAACAUUGGUGCAUUUUAAUGGUACUCUUCAUAUCCCACAUACUCAGGUGUCAGACAGUGGUUAUUACAAAUGUGUGGCUAUGAAUCAAUAUGGUGUAGACACACUAGUUAAAAAAGUUAGUAUAGUUAGGAGCAAAGCCCUUAUUAGACCUUUACGCAAGUUUCCAGCAAGGCCUCAGUCAGCAUCAGGAGUUAACACUCAGAUCAAGGUCCCCACAGAGAAUAUGGAAGAAGCAUCAGGUGACAAUGGUGGGUCCACAAUCCGCCACCGCGUCAGUGGUGUUAGGCGAAAAAUCCCAGGGAAUAUAACCCCAGGACGAAGAGGUAUUCAUCCAUCCAGAAGCACCUGGCAGAGAUCACCUGUGCUCCGGAAACCAACGGGUUCUCACACUGGAAACCAGAAAAGCUUAGUUGAGAAUAAAAGGAGGAUGAACCUGUCCAAAGGGAAAAUUGACCCAGAGAAAUGGGCACACAUUUUGGCUAAGAUUAGGGACAGGAAUACUGUGACCCCUCUUCCGGUUUCCUUUCCAAUAAAGGUGGAAGCAACAGCGCUGAUGACAAAGUCAUGGGAAACUCGUAAUGGAUCAUCAGAUGGCGUUACUGUACAUGAAAGAGAGGAUCAGUAUUACUCCAUGACUCACAGUCCUGGAGAGCCUACAGAACUGCAAAUCAAGAAAUCCAGUACUCAUAGUCAAGAUAUUCAUUUUACAUAUGAAAGCCACACUGCAUACAGCACACUAGAUGUAACUCCUAACAGCAGACAUGUUACUAGAGAACCCCUUCCAACAGAAAGAGCACACACAGAACAGCACACAACCCAUGACAGAGAGUUGAACCUAAUCACAGGUUCAAACAGUGGGGGUUUCCUCCCCCAGACCACAUCUGUUCCACCACACGCUAUCACUGUCAGGCAACCCAAUGCGCACACUGUGAGCAGCAGCACAAUUUCUUUUCCAGAGAACCAAAGCGCAGAGAGCCCUGCUGAUAAGGUUCAAGCAGCUGAUCCAUCCGAGGGGCCGCAAAGCAGUGAGCGUAGGGACAACCCCAAUGAUGUCACUAGCACCAUAAAUCACAGAGAUCUCUCCUUGGUGGAAAGUCAAAUUACUCCCUCAGUCAAUCCAAAUCACUCUGCAGCAAAUCAAGAAGGAAGCGGAAACUACUUGAGUGAAACCUUAACUCUGUCACAGUUUCAACCUCAUCAAAAGGACACAACGGUCAAUGAUCCGCAUUCUCAAGUUGUUGUCACAACGGGCUCUCCAAUAACUGCUUUCACGAUCCAGGCUAAAAAAAAUGUGGAUACUACGCGACAGCCAAAUUCACGCUUCAGGCAAGUCAAAUCUAAAAGAAGGAACGGUGGCAGGAGGAGAAGGCCAAACAAAAAGAAACAAAGGCUCAAUACGCCCAGCAACUUUAUCACCACCACACCUUCAAAUACUCCCCUACCUACGCCUAAGACCUCCGCCUCUAAAGAGUUAAAGAAAGAAGGAUCAGUAGUUACAGUCCAUUUAAGUACCACUGUUCCAUUCACAGAGAGCCAAGUAGCGUCAUCAGACAGACUGAGUCAUAAAGAAAGCACAGUCUUCAGGCAGAACCAUGAGGCACUUAAAGAGCCUUCUUCAAUACCAGCCUCUUAUUUUGAAACAAAUGACAGCCAUCCACUCAUGCCAAAACCAUCAUGGCAAAGCACUUCAGCUGCACCAUUUCCAAAAGUUACUCCGGGCUUGACUCAUGGAAACACCACUCCGCACAGCAUGGUGGGAAUUUCAGAAAGUGCAUUUCCUACAGGGGUUUCAGAGAUUCCCACAUCAGUCCCUCGGCAGAGGAUUGAAGACAGUCCUCGUCCAUCUGGCGAACAUUUAGAGACAGUUUUUACAACCGAGCCAGCACCACUGCUGAAUUCUAAUUCUAAUAAUUCCUCACAGGGUUUGGUGACAAAAUUGCCAACAGACAUUAAGAAACAGCAAGCCGCCCAUCAGACUAUCACUGAGGAGGUGGGAAAGAUUCAUUGGAAGGAGACAGGAUUGGAUUCUUCACUAAAGCCUUCCUAUUUUACCUCAACUGCUUCAUCCAUCAAAGUCUCUGGUGAAACUUCCCCUGGAUUAUCCUCAUCACAAGGCAUGCUUCUGGAGGUCACUGCACAGACACCCACAGGAUCAGAGGAUAUGAACCAAAGCUCUGGUCAAAAUGAGAUAAUAAACAUGGAUUUGAAACUUGAAGAAAAUCAGACGGAAGCUCUGAGUGCUCGGUCGGAUGCUCCACUUAAGAGCAAUUCAAAAACAACGCUUGCCUCAGUUACCUCAUCGUUGCCUUAUCAUGUUACACUUUCCACAGAGACCCCUAGUGUCUCAAAACCCGGAACCACUCCCCCAGGACAUCAAAUAAAGUAUUUACCGACCUCCCCGUCACAACAUGCCACAAUCACAGUCAGUACAAGCCAGGAGCAACAAUUGAACCUCAUUACUACCACCUCAGAGCCAAGCAGAUCAUUAAACGUUCAUCCUACAAUCUUUCCACCCAAUCAACAACCAGCUAACACAACUCCAACCUCUCAGGUGUCCACCUUUAUCCCAACACCUACCGUGGUGCCAUCUAAGCCAUCCCUACAGACUCUGUCAACAGUUUCUCUGGAUGUAUCCGCACAGCUCCAGCUAUCAGAGCGUGGAUCUGUUCAAAGAGCAAAGCCAAGGAUAACAACGGCCCAUUCCCAGACGAUCACUGUGAAAGCAGAAACAGAUGCUAAGCUUCCAUGUGAGACUGAAGGUCAACCAACGCCUUUCCUGUCUUGGACAAAGGUUUCUAAUGGAGCGAGCAUUGCCAGGAACAUGAAAGUCCAGAGGUUUGAGGUCGACCAAAAUGGAACUUUGAUGAUCAGAAACUCACAACUAACCGAUGGCGGCCAGUACCUGUGCACAGUUCAGAACCAGUAUGGUACUGACAAGAUGAUGGCUAACCUUGUUGUCUUGCCUCAUCCUCCACGCAUCCUUCAACCUCAACAAAGAGACAUCCAUGUGUACGAAGGCAGUAAGGUUGAACUGGAAUGCAAAAUUAAAGGGGUUCCUGUACCUCAAGUUACAUGGGUCCUCCCUAAUUCUGUCCAGAUGACUCCAACCUCAGCUUCUGUGCCUUCUCCGCAGCGGAUAGCUGUAGAUAACAAAGGAAUCCUUCACAUCAGCCGCGUCAGUUUUACUGACAGUGGGAUUUACAGGUGCACUGGCAGCAGCACAGCUGGAGCUGAAACUGUGUUGGUUCGUCUUCAUGUUUCAGCAAUGCCCCCUUUGAUUCAGCAGAGGCAAGAUGAAAAUGUGAUCCUUCCAGAGGGCAGCUCGGCUUACAUUAACUGCACUGCCACAAGAGUCUCUCAGCCAGUCAUUCGCUGGAUCACACCUGAUGGGACUCAGCUCACGGCUUCCCAACUAAUCAGCGGAAGGAACCUAAUUGUCUUUACUAAUGGAACGUUGCACAUACAGAGACUAGCCCCCCAAAAUUCUGGGAGAUAUGUGUGCAUAGCAAGUAAUACAGUAGCAUCAAGCAGCAGAACGGUAAUGUUAAGUGUCAGAAGUAAACCGUUGUCUGCUAAAGCCAUGAUUACAUCUUCAUCUCACCACAGAACCGACGUGAUCUAUGGCAGUAAGCUGCUUCUUAAUUGUGUGGCAACAGGUGAGCCAGAGCCCCGGAUCAUCUGGAGGACACCCUCUAAAAAGCUAGUGGAUAAUCAGUUCAGUUUUGACCCUAGGAUCAAGGUGUUCCUUAAUGGCAGCAUAAGUAUUAAUUCUGUGACUGACAAGGACAGAGGUGACUACCUGUGUGUAGCCCGUAACAAGAUGGGUGAUGACUAUGUUCAGCUGAGGGUCAACGUCCUGACCAAACCAGCCAAGAUUGAGCAGAAGCUGCAGAAAUCCAGUCAGGAGGUGGUGCAAGGCCAAGAUCUGAAGGUGGACUGUGUGGCAUCUGGCCUCCCCAGCCCUGAGAUUAGCUGGGCACUACCCGAUGGCACCAUGGUCAACCAUGUCAAGCAGAAAGCAGCAGUCAGCAUGGGACGCAGUCGCAGGUAUGUGGUGUUUGAUAAUGGGACACUUUACUUUAACGAUGUGGGCUUGCCAGAAGAAGGUGAUUACACCUGCUAUGCACAGAACCAACUCGGCAAAGAUGAAAUGAAGGUGAGAGUAAGAGUGAAAGGUGGAACAUCCCAACCCCAAAUCCAGGAUAAAGAUCAAAAUGUUGUGAGAGUUCUCUCCAGUGAGACUGUAACACUGCAUUGCAAUGCCGAAGGUAAACCAAUACCAGUCAUAACUUGGAUGUCUCCCAAAAAUAGCAUAAUUUCCCCAGACUUAGGCAAAUACAAGGUCCUUAAAGAUGGAACACUGAUUGUUCAAAAGGUUCAGCAAUUUGAUGGAGGCAAUUACACUUGUGUGGCUAGGAACGGUGUUGGCCAAGACAAUAAAGUUACCAGACUGGAGGUUUUGGCUACUCCUCUUGUCAUCAAUGGCUUAAGAGGAGCUUCCAAUACCAUCAACAUAAAAGCGGUUCAAGGUGAACACAAAACGGUGGACUGUGUGACAAAGGGAGCCCCUUCAACCCGUAUCAUGUGGAUUCUGCCAGGAAAUGUAAUCCUUCCUGCACCAUACUACAGUAACCGUAUAACAGUUCAUCAGAAUGGUACUUUGGAAAUACGAUCAGUCAAGAAGACCGACUCAGGACAGAUGGCUUGUGUUGCUCAUAAUGAACGAGGUGAGGUCAGAAUGUUGGUUAACCUGGAUGUCAAGGAAGCAGUUGAAAGGCCAAAAAUGGAAGUCCUCCAAAAAGAAAGCUUUUCACAGAGAGUGGGGAAUACAAUUACUCUAAAUUGCUCGACUAAUGGCUUGAAGUUAGCGCAUCUUACUUGGAUCUUGCCCAAUGGUACUCCUUUGCACGCCGGUGCUCGGAUAUCUAAGUUUUUUCACCAGCUUGAUGGUUCUUUGAUCAUCAGCAACCCAUCCAUUACUGAGACUGGAAUGUACCGCUGCGUGGGGCAUAAUUCUGCUGGGCUUGUUGAGACUAUAGUCACUCUGUCCCCAGGGAUAAAGCCACAGAUCCUGAAUAGAUACAUCUCUCCUGUCAGCAUCAUGGAUAGUGAAACCCUUUUCCUUCAUUGUCAAACAACCAGUAAGCCACUCAGAUUGACCUGGACCCUACCAAGUGGGGUUGUUCUUAACAGGCUGCAAAAAGCUGGACGGUAUUCUAUAUUGGACAAUGGCACAAUUGCCAUUCAACAAGCAUCGGUUUAUGACCGAGGUUCCUAUGUUUGCAGAGCUACUAAUGAAUAUGGUAGCUCUUUGCUUUCAGUCUCGGUAAAUAUAAUAGCAAACCAACCCAGAAUUAUCAGUGGCCCUCCCUCUGUGACUUAUGCCAAACGCGGAGUUGCUGUUCAAUUGAACUGUGCUGCCACAGGGAUUCCUAAAGUAGAAGUGGCUUGGGAAACACCUGAUAAAACCCGCAUGGUUGUAAAUGCACAGCCACGCCUUUUUGGAAAUAAGUAUCUCCAUCCAACAGGCUCCCUCAUCAUUCAGAAUCCAACCCAACGGGAUUCUGGCGUUUACCGAUGCACUGCCAGGAAUGCUGCUGGCGCAGACUCUAAAACAACAUUUCUGAAUGUUUUCUAGGUGAUUGUCCUUUCAAUUAAUGCCCAUAACAAUACUGUAUGCCCAAGCAACUGCCUAAUUAAGAGACAAUGUCAGAACACAAUUAAAGCAAUCAUUAAAUCGCCCACCCUGAUUUUACCGUACAAUGGUGCUUUAAUCGUGUUUUCACAUAGAGGCCUAAAGCUAAUAUUAUGUGCACCCUACUUGAUUUGUUUUUACUAUUUUGUGAAAGUUGUGUGUAAUAAAAACAAAAACACAAUUGCUCAGGUAAUUUGGAUAAAGAAAACUUAUGUACGGGUUAUGUAUUGUAUAGGGGUCAGUAAUGGUAGUCUUAAGCACCGCUGUACCAUAUUUAACUUUCCCAACUUGAUCACUGAUUAUUUGAGAUGGAAAUAAAUUAUUUAGGAAAAAAUAUAUUUCUAAGUCUUUUUGUGUUAAGUAUGCCAAAAAAGUGGAAUGUCAAAAAGAUUUAUUAUAGUGAAAUGAUGCAAUUAGUUUGCUAUGUUACAAGCCAGACUAUUAUUUUAGCACAGGGUCCUCAAAAGCAGACUGUUGAAUCCCAAAAUUACACAGCUCCCAUUUAUAGUUUUUAUA